GUGAGACAUUUCUAAAGAGGAUGGGGGUACAGAUAAAUAACUUUACUAGACUAGGCCUGUAGUAAUGAAAUGUCAGGUCAUUAGAUAUUUAAAUACAAAUAGCCUACUAUUUUCUACUUGUAGUAUUGUAUAGAAUGUUCAUCCCAACGGACUUUAAGGUAUAGAUACGUAUUGAGAUAAAUAGAAAAACAAUUUGAUCGGUUAGACCUGGGGUUGACCUUAUUUAAGAAUGCCUCAUAAUCGUGGCGAAACGUCAUACGAAGGAAAGGAUAAUAUCAUUUUUUAUCAACAAUGGGAAAAUCAUUCAAUGUUCAAGAGUCGCGAACAAGGUGAGGUUAUCCCAGGCCGUACAUUGAUAUUCCAAUCUCAACCUCCUCCAGAAAGUAGGGUGAAGCAGCAGAACAGACCAUACAACAUAGCAGCAAUAUGUGUGGUCGUAUGUGCUGUUCUUGCCAUCGUCUUAGUGACAGUUAUAUCUUUGACCAGGUCGGAAGGCUGGAAAGAAAAUCCAACGAUUGAUAAAGACAAUAUAUCCACUACUUCAAGUGGUAUACAUGAAAUCACUACUACAUCUUGAGUCUCCAACAAUAGCCACAACAGACUUGUCAAAACCAAAGCGCCAUUACCUCUGCUCUGACCAACAAUCCAAUGAGAAAUUCAACUUGAAUUGAAUGGCUUAAAAUGUGAUAAUUAGGAGUUAGAUGUCGUUUGCGCAGCUGGAGACUGCGUAGUAUAUAGUGAAGAAAAAUAAAGUUUAAGAUAAUUCAAAAUCUUAAUUCAAAUACUCUUACUUCAAGGUACAUUCUUUACUUUGUAUCAUCAAUUGCAAUUAAGCUAGUCUGCUAGUCUGACUCAGCCAAGGGGUUGAUGCCUUUGGGGACAUAAGAAUCGCAUUGUAUAUGUGUGUUGAUUAUAUGUGAAC